AUGAUAAAGAUUAUUAAUAUUGCCUUUUAUUUAAUUUUUUUAAAUUCAUAUAUUUGUGAAAACAAUAUAAGUUUGAUAAAUAAAGCUGAAAGCACACAAUUUGUAGAUUUGCAAAAACCUAAUUUAAGACAUGGAGCUUUAAGUAAUAGUUAUACUAUAAGAGAGAAAUAUAAUAAUUUAGGAAGUACAGAUGAAAAAUUACAAAACAUCCAAGGGUUUUAUAACACCAAUGACAUUCAAACAAUUCAAGGUCAAGAUGAUUCUAUACAAGCCGAUAAAGAUCCAAAUGCUCCAAAACCUGCAAUCAACGAAAACUCAGUAGAAGAAACUUCGCAAACACAGUUAGAUGAAGGAGUUAGUAGUGGAACAGGGGAUAAUACAAUUGAUCAGGAAGAAAAAACAAAAAGAGAAGGAAAACUAGAUGGAUCUGAAGAGAGCAGAUCAGAUGAAGGGAAUUCUCCUCAAAAUUUAGAACAUACAAAAGAAGCAGAUCAACAUACAACAAUUCCUUCAAAUGAAGUAUUAACGCCAAGUGUAACAAAUUCAGAAGUUAGUGAAGAGCAAAAUCACUUACAAACAAUUCCAGGUCAAGAUGAUCCUAUACAAGCCGAUAAAGAUCCAAAUGCUCCAAAACCUGCAAACAGAGAAAACUCAGUAGAAGAAACUUCGCAAACUAAGUUAGAUGAAGGAGUUAGUAGUGGAACAAGGGAUAAUACAAUUGAUCAGGAAGAAAAAACAAAACGAGAAGGAAAACUAGAUGGAUCUGAAGAGAGAAGAUCAGAUGAAGGGAAUCCUCCUCAAGAUUUAGAACAUACAAAAGAAGCAGAUCAACAUACAACAAUUCCUUCUAAUGAAGUAUUAACGCCAAGUGUAACCAAUUCAGAAGCUAGUGAAGAGCAAAAUCACUUACAAACAAUUCCAGGUCAAAAAGAACAAGGACCACUUCCUUCUAGUAGUUUAGAAAAAACAAAGAUCGGUGGAGUAGCAGUUGACAAUGAUGAUGGUACAGGUCCACAAAAGGAAAGGCAACAUGUGGAACAGCAAGAAAAUGAUGCCGAUGAUGAUGAGGAUGAGGAAGAUGAGAGUGAUGAUGAUGAUGAAAGUGAAGAUGAACAAGAUACAGUUACAGAAGCAGGUGAUGGUGUAGAUGGUGAACCAAAAAAGAAAAGUAAGAUAAAAAAAGGUAAAAAAAGAGGCGUAUCACCAUCAUCAAAAGAACCACAAGAAAAACAAGAUAGUGUGGGGCAAACUCAACCUAUUCAGAGUGAUGUAGUAGUUGCACCAGAAAGAGUUCAAGAAGACACGAAUUCUCAAGGACAUGUAGAAAGUACAGGUGGAGUUGAGUCAUCAACACAUAGGACAGAAGCAGGAGACACAAAAGGAGAAGAUGGAAAAUUGCCACUUACUGAUGCUUCACAAGUAACAGAAUUAACACCAGAAAGACAACCAAAACCGGAUGAAUUAUCAAAGGAAACCAAAGUUACAGAAGGGGAAAGUGCAAGGGGAAGUACAAACGGUGAUUCUACAGAAUUACAAACAGAUCAAAAUGGUUUAAAUAAUGUAAAAGAAAUAAGUAAGGUACAAACAGGUGAACAAGAAAAGCAAACAUCCAUAAUACAAGAGAUUGUUGUUCCUGAAGGUAGCUAUGAUGAGGGCGAUGAAGAUGUGGAAGAAGAAGAAGAGGAAGAAAAGAAAAGUGGAAAUCAUCAAAAUGACCCAAAACAGACACAAAUAAUUAAUCAAUCAGGAAUACAAACAGGUGAACAAGAAAAGAAAACACUCAUAAUACAAGAGAUUGAUGUUCCUGAAGGUAGCUAUGAUGAGGGCGAUGAAGAAGUGGAAGAAGAAGAAGAGGAAGAAAAGAAAAGUGGAAAUCAUCAAAAUGACCCAAAACAGACACAAAUAAUUAAUCAACCAGGAAUACAAACAGGUGAACAAGAAAAGAAAAAAUCUUAUAGUGGAAAUAAUGAUCAUGUAAGUGAUCAUGGAAGUGAAGAAGAGGAGGAAGAAGAAGAAGAAGAACAUGAAGUAGAUGAAGAAGAAGAAGAAGAAGAAGAAGAAGAAGAUGAGGAUGAGGAUGAGGAUGACGAAGAACAAAUAAAUGAAGAAGAAGAAUUAGAUGACAAUAUCGAUUAUGAAGAAAUAGAAGAAGGUGAAGAUGAAGAUGAUGAUGAUGAUAAUGGAGGUGAAGAUGAAUAUAGUCCGAGUGAUGAAAGAGAAACAAGAGAUAGCCGUGUGGAAGAUGGAGAUUCAGUGGAAGAUAAGAGACCACCAAAUGACAUCUCACCAGAACAAGAUAUUCCAGAUACUAUAAUUGACGAACAAAGAAAACAAGAAGAGUCUUCAAGAAGAACAGAAGAAGGUCAGUCACACGAAAAUUCUGAACAAAAACAAAAGGAAAUUAUUACUCCAUCAAAUGAUAGUAGUGCUCAUAAAUCAUUAAUUAAAGACUUUAAAGAUGAUAAUAAGGUUAAAAAAGAAGCAGAAAAUAAAGUAAAAAAUAUGAUAAAUUUAAUUGGUGAUAGUGGAGUUGCUGAUACAUUGAAAGAUUUGGCCAAAGAUAUGGCUCAAAUUUUUCUUAAUCUUUAA